UAGUGGCGCUGCUGGGACGGGGGAAAGGAGACGCUUCUUCCUCCUGCUGCUCCACUCGUUCCUGGGAUCAGCGGAGGCGUUGGCCGCGAGUGACUGGGCUGCGUCUCCGGUUCCGCGUGCUAACCAUGCUGACCGACGGCGGGGGCGGCGGCACCUCCUUUGAGGAGGACCUGGACUCUGUGGCUCCGCGAUCCGCCCCAGCCGGGGCCUCGGAGCCGCCUCCGCCGGGAGGGGUCGGGCUGGGGAUCCGCACCGUGAGGCUCUUUGGGGAGGCCGGGCCCGCGCCGGGAGUCGGCGGCGGCGGUACGGGUGCAGGCGGAGGGGACGCGGCGCUGGAUUACAAGUUGGCGGCUGCGGUGCUGAGGACCGGGGGUGGAGGUGGUACCUCUGGCAGCGACGAGGACGAGGUGUCCGAGGUUGAAUCAUUUAUUUUGGACCAAGAAGAUUUGGAUAACCCAGUACUUAAAACAACCUCGGAGAUAUUCUUAUCCAGUACUACAGAAGGAGCAGACUUACGCACUGUGGAUCCAGAGACUCAGGCACGACUAGAAGCUUUGCUGGAAGCAGCAGGAAUUGGCAAAUUAUCAACUGCUGAUGGUAAAGCUUUUGCAGAUCCUGAGGUACUCCGAAGACUGACAUCCUCAGUUAGUUGUGCGCUGGAUGAAGCUGCUGCUGCACUGACAAGGAUGAGAGCAGAAAACAGCCAUAAUGCAGGACAAGUAGACACUCGAAGUCUGGCAGAAGCCUGUUCGGAUGGGGAUGUGAAUGCUGUACGCAAAUUGCUAGAUGAAGGAAGAAGCGUAAACGAGCAUACAGAAGAAGGAGAAAGCCUGUUGUGUUUGGCUUGUUCAGCAGGGUAUUAUGAAUUAGCACAAGUAUUACUUGCGAUGCAUGCUAAUGUUGAAGAUCGAGGGAAUAAGGGAGACAUAACUCCCCUGAUGGCAGCUUCCAGUGGAGGUUAUUUAGAUAUUGUGAAAUUAUUACUACUUCAUGAUGCAGACGUCAAUUCCCAGUCUGCAACAGGAAACACUGCACUGACAUAUGCCUGUGCUGGAGGAUUUGUUGACAUUGUGAAAGUGCUACUUAAUGAAGGUGCAAAUAUAGAAGAUCAUAAUGAAAAUGGACACACUCCCUUAAUGGAAGCAGCCAGUGCAGGUCAUGUGGAAGUUGCAAGAAUUCUUCUAGAUCAUGGCGCAGGCAUCAACACUCACUCUAAUGAAUUCAAAGAAAGUGCUCUUACACUUGCAUGCUACAAAGGCCAUUUGGAUAUGGUUCGCUUUCUUCUUGAAGCUGGUGCAGAUCAAGAGCACAAAACAGAUGAGAUGCACACUGCCUUAAUGGAGGCUUGCAUGGAUGGACAUGUAGAAGUGGCACGUUUACUUUUGGAUAGUGGUGCUCAAGUAAACAUGCCUGCAGAUUCAUUUGAGUCUCCAUUGACGUUAGCUGCCUGUGGAGGACAUGUUGAAUUGGCAGCUCUACUCAUUGAAAGGGGAGCAAAUCUUGAAGAAGUUAAUGAUGAAGGUUAUACUCCCUUGAUGGAAGCUGCUCGAGAAGGACAUGAAGAGAUGGUGGCACUGCUCUUAGCACAAGGAGCAAAUAUUAAUGCCCAGACAGAAGAAACCCAAGAAACUGCUCUUACCUUGGCUUGCUGUGGAGGAUUUUCUGAAGUUGCAGACUUUCUGAUUAAGGCAGGGGCUGACAUAGAACUUGGCUGCUCCACACCUCUGAUGGAAGCAUCUCAGGAGGGACACCUGGAGUUAGUUAAAUACUUGCUGACUGCUGGGGCUAAUGUGCAUGCUACAACAGCAACAGGAGACACGGCCUUAACCUAUGCUUGUGAAAAUGGACACACAGAUGUUGCAGAUGUUUUACUUCAAGCAGGGGCUGAUUUAGAGCAUGAAUCUGAAGGUGGAAGAACCCCUUUGAUGAAAGCUGCAAGAGCUGGUCAUUUGUGUACUGUGCAGUUUCUUAUUAGUAAAGGUGCCAAUGUGAAUAGGGCUACAGCCAAUAAUGACCAUACAGUAGUGUCGUUGGCAUGUGCAGGGGGCCACCUGGCAGUAGUUGAACUACUCUUGGCUCAUGGUGCUGAUCCUACUCAUCGACUCAAGGAUGGCUCCACAAUGCUCAUUGAAGCAGCAAAGGGUGGUCAUACUAAUGUUGUUUCUUAUCUAUUGGAUUAUCCAAAUAAUGUUCUGUCAGUUCCUACUACCGAUGUAUCUCAGCUUACCCCACCUUCUCAAGAUCAAUCUCAGGUUCCACGUGUACCAGUGCAUACACUUGCCAUGGUUGUACCUCCACAGGAACCUGACAGAACUUUGCAGGAGAACUCUCCUGCCCUUAUAGGAGUACAGAAAGGUACAUCCAAGCAGAAGUCCAGUUCCCUGCAGGUAGCAGAUCAGGACCUACUGCCACCUUUUCACCCAUACCAGCCUUUGGAGUGCAUAGUAGAGGAGACUGAAGGCAAGCUGAAUGAACUGGGACAAAGAAUUAGUGCUAUUGAAAAAGCACAGCUUAAGUCAUUGGAGUUAAUUCAAGGUGAACCUCUGAACAAAGAUAAGAUAGAAGAACUUAAAAAGAACAGAGAAGAACAAGUCCAGAAGAAGAAGAAAAUACUGAAAGAACUGCAGAAAGUGGAAAGGCAGUUGCAAAUGAAAACACAGCAGCAAUUUACCAAAGAAUACUUGGAAACCAAAGGUCAGAAAGACACAGUGUCUCUACAACAGCAAUGCUCUCAUAGAGGAGUCUUCCCAGAAGGGGAAGGAGAUGGUAGUCUCCCAGAGGAUCACUUUUCAGAGUUACCUCAGGUUGACACAAUCUUAUUUAAAGAUAAUGAUGUUGACGAUGAGCAACAGUCUCCACCAUCGGCAGAACAAAUUGAUUUUGUCCCGGUCCAGCCUUUAUCAUCUCCACAGUGUAACUUUUCCAGUGAUUUAGGUUCUAACGGGACAAAUUCUCUUGAACUUCAGAAAUUAUCAGGUAAUCAGCAGAUUGUAGGACAGCCUCAGAUUGCUAUUACUGGACAUGAUCAGGGGCUGUUAGUUCAAGAACCAGAUGGACUAAUGGUGGCAACUCCAGCCCAGACGCUUACCGACACUCUUGAUGACCUGAUAGCAGCUGUGAGUAGCAGAGUACCCACUGGUUCAAACAGUUCUCAGACCACAGAUCGUUUUGCACCUGAAUCCUGUUCACAGACUCCAACCAAUGUGGCUUCCCAGUCUGUCCCCUCUGUGUAUCCAUCAGUUGACAUUGAUGCACAUACUGAAAGCAAUCAUGACACAGCAUUAACAUUAGCUUGUGCAGGUGGUCAUGAAGAACUUGUGUCUGUACUCAUUGCAAGAGAUGCUAAAAUUGAGCACAGAGAUAAAAAAGGUUUCACACCACUGAUCCUGGCUGCAACAGCAGGGCAUGUUGGUGUUGUUGAAAUUCUUCUGGAUAAAGGUGGAGAUAUAGAAGCACAGUCUGAACGAACUAAGGAUACUCCGCUUUCAUUGGCGUGUUCUGGUGGACGUCAGGAGGUAGUAGACUUGCUGCUGGCUCGAGGUGCAAAUAAGGAACAUAGGAAUGUGUCUGAUUAUACACCACUGAGUCUAGCUGCAUCUGGAGGAUAUGUUAAUAUCAUUAAGAUUCUGCUUAAUGCUGGGGCAGAAAUUAAUUCAAGGACUGGGAGUAAACUAGGUAUUUCUCCCCUGAUGUUGGCUGCAAUGAAUGGACAUGUUCCUGCAGUGAAACUGCUACUUGAUAUGGGUUCAGACAUUAAUGCUCAGAUAGAGACAAAUCGGAACACAGCCCUCACCCUGGCCUGUUUCCAGGGCCGAGCAGAAGUAGUGAGUUUGCUUCUGGACCGAAAAGCCAAUGUGGAACACAGGGCAAAGACCGGUCUUACUCCAUUAAUGGAAGCUGCUUCUGGAGGAUAUGCAGAAGUUGGAAGAGUUCUCCUUGAUAAAGGAGCAGAUGUCAAUGCUCCCCCUGUGCCUUCCUCAAGAGAUACUGCUUUAACAAUAGCAGCAGACAAAGGUCACUACAAAUUUUGUGAGCUCCUGAUUAAUAGAGGAGCUCAUAUUGAUGUUCGUAACAAGAAAGGAAAUACACCACUUUGGCUGGCAUCCAAUGGUGGUCAUUUUGAUGUAGUUCAGUUGCUAGUACAAGCAGGUGCUGAUGUGGAUGCAGCAGAUAACCGGAAAAUCACACCACUUAUGUCAGCAUUCCGCAAGGGUCAUGUAAAAGUUGUUCAGUAUUUGGUGAAAGAAGUCAAUCAGUUCCCUUCUGAUAUAGAAUGUAUGAGAUACAUAGCAACAAUUGCAGAUAAGGAACUGUUGAAAAAAUGUCACCAGUGUGUUGAGACAAUUGUGAAGGCUAAAGACCAACAGGCUGCAGAAGCAAAUAAGAAUGCAAGUAUUCUUUUAAAGGAACUUGAUCUAGAAAAGUCAAGAGAAGAAAGUAGGAAGCAGGCUCUUGCGGCUAAAAGGGAGAAAAGAAAAGAGAAGAGAAAAAAGAAAAAAGAAGAGCAGAAAAGAAAACAGGAAGAAGAUGAGGAAAACAAACCUAAGGAAAAUUCAGAAGUACCAGAAGAUGAAGAUGAAGAGGAAAAUGAUGAAGAUGUGGAGCAAGAAGUUCCCAUAGAGCCUCCUAGUGCAACUACCACCACCACAAUUGGAAUCUCUGCAACAUCUGCAACGUUCACAAAUGUGUUUGGGAAAAAAAGGGCCAACGUGGUGACAACCCCCAGCACCAACAGGAAAAAUAAGAAGAAUAAAACGAAAGAGACCCCUCCCACAGCACAUUUAAUACUACCAGAACAACAUAUAUCUUUAGCACAACAAAAGGCAGAUAAAAAUAAAAUAAAUGGAGAACCUAGAGGUGGUGGUACAGGUGGGAAUAGUGAUUCAGAUAAUUUGGACAGCACAGACUGCAACAGUGAGAGUAGUAGUGGUGGUAAAAGCCAAGAAUUAAAUUUCACUAUGGAUGUGAAUUCUUCUAAUGAUAGGAGAUACCCCCCACUGCUCCUCCAUUCCCAAGAAGAAAAGACAAGUUCCACAACUUCCAAAACUCAAACACGACUUGAAGGUGAAGUGAAUUCUAAUUCCUUAUCAACAAGCUACAAGUCAGUGUCAUUGCCAUUAAGUUCUCCAAACAUAAAGCUGAAUCUCACUAGCCCUAAAAGGGGUCAAAAAAGAGAAGAUGGGUGGAAAGAAGUUGUGAGAAGGUCAAAGAAAUUGUCUGUUCCAGCCUCGGUAGUAUCCAGGAUAAUGGGAAGAGGUGGAUGCAACAUCACUGCAAUACAAGAUGUUACUGGGGCCCAUAUUGAUGUGGAUAAACAAAAAGAUAAGAAUGGUGAAAGAAUGAUCACAAUAAGGGGUGGUACAGAAUCAACAAGAUAUGCAGUUCAACUUAUCAAUGCACUUAUUCAAGAUCCUGCUAAGGAACUGGAAGACUUGAUUCCUAAAAAUCAUAUCAGAACACCUGCCAAUAACAAAUCCAUUCAUGCAAACUUCUCAUCUGGAGUAGGCACCACAACAGCUUCCAGUAAAAAUACAUUUCCCUUGGGUGCUCCAACUCUUGUAACUUCACAAGCGACAACAUUAUCUACGUUCCAGCCUGCUAAUAAACUUAGUAAGAAUGUUGCAACAAAUGUACGUUCUUCUUUCCCAGUUUCUCUACCCUUAGCUUAUCCCCACCCUCAUUUUGCCUUGCUGGCUGCUCAAACUAUGCAACAGAUCCGACAUCCGCGGUUACCCAUGGCCCAGUUUGGAGGAACCUUCUCACCUUCUGCUAAUACUUGGGGACCAUUCCCAGUGAGACCUGUGAAUCCUAGCAACACAAAUAGCUCUCCAAAGCAUAAUAAUACAAGCAACCGUCUACCUAACCAGAAUGGGACUGUUUUACCAUCAGAGUCUCCUGGACUAACUACUGCUAGUUGUCCUAUCACUGUCUCUUCUGUAGUUACCGCCAGUCAGCAACUGUGUGUGACUAAUACCCGGACUCCUUCAUCAGUCAGGAAGCAGUUGUUUGCCUGUGUGCCUAAGACAAGUCCUCCAACAACAGUGAUUUCUUCUGUGACAAGCACUUGUAGUUCCCUGCCUUCUGUCUCCUCCGCGUCUGUCACUAGUGGGCAAGUUCCCACCACGUUUCUGCCUACAAGUACUCCUCAAGCACAGCUUUCUUCACAGAAGAUGGAGUCUCUCUCUACUGUGCCAGCCCCCAAAGAGAAGGUGUCCACACAAGACCAGCCCAUGGCAAAUCUGUGUACCCCAUCUUCAACUACAAAUAGUUGCAGUAGCUCCGCCAGCAAUACUCCAGGAGCUCCAGAAACUCACCCAUCCAGUAGUCCCACUCCUCCCUCCAGCAACACACAGGAGGAGGCACAACCAUCCAGUGCGUCUGAUUUAAGUCCAAUGUCAAUACCAUUUGUAUCUAACUCAGAACCUGCUCCACUGACUUUGACGUCACCCAGAUUGGUUUCUGCUGAUAAUCAGGACACAAGUAAUUUACCUCAGUUAACUAUACCAGCACCUCGUGUUUCUCAUCGAAUGCAGCCAAGAGGUUCUUUUUACUCAGUGGUACCAAAUGCAGCUAUUCACCAGGAUCCCCAAUCUAUUUUUGUUACAAAUCCAGUACCUUUAACACCACCUCAAGGUCCACCAGCUACUGUCCAGCUUUCUUCAGCCGUGAAUAUAAUGAAUGGUUCUCAGAUGCACAUCAACCCAGCAAAUAAGUCUUUACCCCCUGCAUUUGGCCCAGCCACACUUUUUAAUCACUUCAGUAGUCUUUUUGAUAGCAGUCAGGUGCCUGCUAACCAGGGUUGGGGAGAUGGCCCAUUGUCCUCACGAGUUGCUGCAGAUGCUUCUUUCACUGUUCAGUCAGCAUUCCUGGGUAACUCUGUUCUUGGACACUUGGAAAAUGUGCUCCCUGACAACUCCAAGGCACCUGGUUUCAGACCGCCUUCCCAACGAGUUUCUACUAGUCCUGCUGGGUUACCAUCCAUUGACCCAUCAGGCAGUUCGCCAUCUUCCUCUUCUGCUCCUCUGACAAGUUUUUCCAGCAUACCAGGAACAAGAGUUUUCCUACAAGGGCCAGCUCCUGUUGGGACUCCUAGUUUCAACAGACAACAUUUUUCUCCCCAUCCUUGGACAAGCGCCUCAAACUCAUGUGACUCUCCUAUUCCAUCUGUUUCUUCGGGAUCAUCUUCACCUCUUUCAGCCACUUCUGCUGCACCAACAUUGGGCCAAGCCAAAGGAGGCAGUGCCAGUCAGGAUCGUAAGAUACCUCCCCCCAUUGGAACAGAGAGACUGGCACGGAUUCGGCAAGGAGGGUCUGUUGCACAAGCCCCUAUGGGGACCAGUUUUGUAGCUCCGGUUGGACACAGUGGAAUCUGGUCAUUUGGUGUUAAUGCUGUGUCAGAAGGCUUAUCAGGUUGGUCUCAGUCUGUGAUAGGGAACCAUCCAAUGCAUCAACAAUUAUCAGACCCAAGCACAUUCUCCCAACAUCAACCAAUGGAGAGAGAUGAUUCUGGAAUGGUAGCCCCCUCUAACAUUUUUCAUCAGCCCAUGGCAAGCGGUUUUGUGGAUUUUUCCAAAGGUUUGCCAAUUUCCAUGUAUGGAGGCGCUCUAAUACCCUCUCAUCCUCAGCUUGCUGAUGUUCCAGGAGGCCCACUGUUUAAUGGACUUCACAACCCAGAUCCUGCUUGGAACCCUAUGAUAAAAGUUAUCCAAAAUUCAGCUGAAUGCACUGAUGCCCAGCAGAUUUGGCCUGGCACAUGGGCACCUCAUAUUGGAAACAUGCAUCUCAAAUAUGUCAACUAAGUUAGAAGGUCUUUACUCUUUAGCCCUGUUUGAGAAACCUAUGACCUUGGAAGAACACUGGGGAUUUUUUUCUUUAAUGUGCCUAAUUAAGAUAUUUUUUCUGAGGCUUUAGCAGUGGAAAUAUGAUUGCCCAUUGUAUAAAAACAAGUUGAUUUCCUAUCCACCUGAUUAUGUUCUUUGGUUAGAUUAGCCAUUUUCAAUUUAAGAUCACAUGAACGUAGUGCUUUUGGCUAAACAUACUGGAUGCUACUUGUAUGCAGAAGAGAAUUAGUUGAUUACAUGUUUCAACAUUUUAGGGUGGUAAAUACAUGUAUAAUUGUUUACAUGCUUAAAAGGAAAAAAUUGAGUAAAUUUCUUGUCAUAUAGUAGCUCUACUAAAUAUAGCCUGUAUUAAUGUGAAAUAUUUACCAGAAUAUUCAAUAAAAAGAUGAACAGUGUUUAGAAGUGGGGUGUGAUCCUUUCAGUGGUCAUGAAGAUAACUGCCCAAUCCACAAUCAUAUUGAUUGUUGAAACUGUAUUUGCAACAGGCUUCUCACGUUUUUCAUUUUAGAGUUGAUUCUUAGAACUGCCUUGAAAGAGCUCUUUUAAAACUAGUUGGCUGUUUGUUCUGUGUUAAACAUUUCUUAUUCCCUUCAGUAUCAUUUUACAUGUAAGAAAGUUUCAAGCCUUGGCAAUAUGUCUUAUCUGAAUUUAGCAGAUAAGCCAUUGAUAGUUUUCACUCUUUAUGGAUCCAAGAGUAUGUCAAUAAGAACAGCUGGAUUCAAUCAGUUUACACUGAACAAACUUGAGGACACCUAAAUCAUCAAUUUCUAGUUCUUUUUGUGUUUCCUGAGUCUUUUUUUUUUUUUAAGAUUUAUUAUUAUUUUAUUUAUUUGAAAGGCAGAAUUACAGAGAGACAGAGAGAGGGAAGGAGAGAGAGAGGUCUUCCAUCCACUGGUUCACUCACCAAAUGGCCACAACAGCCAGUGCUAGGCCAGGCCAAAACCAGGAACCAGGAGCUUCUUCCAGGUCUCCCACAUGGGCACAGGAACCCAAACACUUGGGCCACCUUCUACUGCUUUCCCAGGCACAUUAGCAGGGAGCUGGAGAGUAAGUGGAACAGCCGAGACUUGAACUGGAACCCCGUAUUGCGUGCUGGCGCUGUGGCCAGCAGCUUAACCCACCAUGGCACAAUGCUGUCCCCUGUUUCCUGAGUCUUUUUUCUAAAACACUGAUCUUGUUAUAGGUGUUUUAGUUGAGUUGAGACAUAAGGAGGAAUGACUACUGUGAGCCUGUUGUAUUGUUGAAUCAGCUGAAUAAUGUUUAUAUGUAUGUGACUAAUUCUGGGCUUAGUAUGAGUAGAAAAGAGACAGUAUGUUCAACAGACUAAAAAUAGGAACAGUGAAAUGGGUUGUCUUGAUCAAAUCAUAGGCUAUGCCAAGAAUCUGAUGCAAUAGAAAAUUAUUCCAUUGAAAAGCACAUUCAUCAACUUGUCCAUGUUUGAGUAUCUCCUGGUCUUAGAUAUACACAAUAUAAAAAAGAAAAUGGGGUUGAUUAAAAAGCCAAAAAUGUCAAAGCAAAGGAGGAUACACAGAAAAAGGGUAGUAACUAUGGGUAGAACCGUGCAGGUAGCACUUUUCUACUUCUACCAAUAGGAAUUCUUAGUUUUCUCUGCCCAAGUCCUAAAGGCAGAUCAUUCACACUAUGUUUGUUCUUGUUAGACAUAAGCUGGUCUUUUUGUUUUCCUGUCAGUUUAACAUAUGAGAGAGCUUCCUCAAGUGCAAUUCUUUUUUUGUAUUUUUAUUAGAUCUGGAAAGUUAUCACUGGUGAGGAAGCUAUUGCCUUUGGGUAGUUAAUGACCUUAUCAGGCAGUCUCCAGAGGUCCCCUCACCUUAGUGGUGGCACAGAAGACCCCUUCAAUCAUGUAUAUAAUAUUGCUGUUUCCACUUACACUAACAAAAAAUACAAAAUAAAUGAAAAUACUCUUAAAGAAAUAUAAAGUAGUGAGGAAAAAUAUGAAGUAAAUGAAUUCAAUGAGAUGCAGGUUUUGUCUGAACUAUCUACAAUAUAUUUGAAUUGUCUAGAGGAGCCCUGUAUAUCUGUAUUCUGUACCUUGAGGACAGUAGAAUGAGAAAUUUUAUCUCAGGUUAAGAACUAGAACGCAUAAAGAAAAACAAAAAGGCAAUGAUGAGAAACCCGGGAGAAUGAGGAGGAAACGGGAGUUACACAGUUGGAGGUAGUUCUUUAGGGUACCCUCCUCUCUUUCCUCUUACCAGCACUGCCUUCUUUUCUUUGUAUUUGGAUCCCAGUAGCCUACUCCCAACCCCAUUUCGCCUGAUAAAAUCUCUUCUUCCUCUGCCUACCUCUCCUGGCAUUACUGUAUUGCUAUUUUACCAACCUGAACAUUGGAUAAAACCUAGCUCAGGUAAGAACUUGGUUACUUACAAAAUACACAAGGGAUAUGGGGGAGGUAGCAUGGGUACAAUGAACAAGAGUCAGAAGUUGACAUUCUGUCUUCAUUUCUAACACUUAAAGCUAUAUGACCUUAGGCAAAUAAUUUCAUCUUUGUGAACUGAACUUUCAUAAUCUGAAAAUGAGAUUGAAUUUAAAUUAACUCAAAAUGGAGUUUCUAGUUCUAAUGCAGCUUUUCUUGUUUUUGUGAGUGAGAAUAUAAAAAAAGGGAAUUAGAAUGUUUGCAGUGCAGAGGUUUGAGAGCCCUUAUUAUUGGUUCUGACAUGCAAUCAAAAGGCCUGCUACUAUAGGGGAGAGUAUUUGAGAUUUUAGUGGAGGCAGAAGAAAACCGUGCAUAAUCCAUAGGGAGCCCUCAAGUCAUUAAGAAACAUCCUUCUAAGGCACAGUCAAACCCUGUGAGAGUAAUGGCUCUUUCAAGAAUAAAUCUAUAACAUCAAGGUUUCUGAACCCACUUACUUCAAGUACUGUUCAAUGUAAUAAAAUUCUACCACCAACAAAAUUAUUGAUGUUUUAAGACCCUUUAAACCUGUUGUGGCUACAG